ACAAAAUGAAGUUCACCUCUGUCCUCGCCACCUUGGCCGCUGCCUCCUCUGUUAUUGCCGCCCCAGCUGCUGCUCUUCCAUGCCUUAUCUUCUGCCCAACCACCACUACUUCCGGUGUUGCUGUUCCUCUCGCUUCCAUUCAAGUCGCUUUGGUGUCUGAUGUGGAAGAGGGUUUCAAUAACAUUGCUGGGUACGUCUCCUCUUUGGUUGCCAACCCAACUGCUGAAGUCGCUAAUGUGAUCGAGUCUGUUGUCGCUGUUGUCAAGGCUCAGGAGAGUGCUUUCAGCUCCCUCGUCAACGUUAUCGUCGCUGACUUUUCUGGUCCUCUCCCAAGCGCCAUCGUUGCCCAGGAGGCUGUCAUUGAAGGUGCUUACAAUGGUAUCGUCGCCGCUGCUACCGGCGCUCUCAGCGCUAAGACCCCAGCCGAAGCUGGUGCCGUGAUCUCCACUGCUCUUUCUAACGCCGAGGGUACUAUUGCUACUGCUCUCACCCAGAUUGUCUCUCCAUUGAUUUCUCUCCUUGCUGGUGUCACCAACCCAUCCAAGGUCUCUCCUGCGUUGCUUACCGCCGUCAAUGGUAUUUUCGGUGCUUUCACUAGCAUCUUCUCCCUUGGUAACACUAACAGCAGCCCAAUUACCUCCAUUGUUAACACUGUUGGGUCCAUCGUGUCUUCGUUUGCCCUGAACGCAGCCGGUGGGAACAUCAUUAGCAACCUCCUCACUCUGCUUAACAAGUUUUUGAGUAGCAUUUAAGCUAGCUGCCAGACCUUUAAAAGUUAAAGCGCUACGCCAAGAUCAAGAGUUUUUUACAUACACACUCUAAGGCAUGGUUUUUAAUCUGCCACAUCUCAUUAAACCCCCGGGC